AUGUCUGAUGAUCGAAAACAGCAAGACAGAUCGAAAAAGAAGGAGUCGAUUCUUGAACUGAAUAAAUAUCUCGACAAGGCAAUCAGGGUCAAGUUUCAAGGAGGAAGAGAAGCUAGCGGGAUUCUCAAAGGUUAUGAUCAGCUUCUAAAUUUGGUCAUCGACUCAACAACCGAACAGCUUCGAGAUUUAGAUGAUCCUUACCGCCCGUCUACUGAAUCAAGAAAUCUAGGACUUGUUGUUUGCCGAGGAACUUCUGUCGUUCUCAUUUCUCCUCAAGACGGCAUGGAAGAAAUCCCCAAUCCAUUCAUCCCCCAGUGA